UUUUUUUUUUUUUUUGUUUUUUCUCUUUCAUCAAAACGACAUUGAAUGGAUAGAUUACCUUUGGAAGUCAUAUUGCAUAUAUUCAGCUAUUUACCACUGUCCUCUUACAGAGCUUUAUAUGCAGCAUUUCCUGGUACAACAAUUAUUGAUGAAGCAUUAACCCAGAAGCUGCGAUUACAUAAACAGAAACCUAUAGUCAAUAUUGUCUCUACCAAUUCAAAUGAACUUGCUACCAACCUGCCAGCCAAUAACAGUGGAAGGAAUGAAUCAUUUUUACCUUUAUAUUAUCAUUCAUUUGAUAGCUUGAACAGGUUUAUAUGGAUACUGCCUGAUUUCACGUGUUCCAACCAUUACUGUUUCAAAGUGAAGGAUGUCUAUGUUUCUCAUGGAAAACUGCUGUUGAAGAACCCAAACAACGAUGAUAAUAGCAAUAAACAACAACAGCAGCAGCAGAAAUAUUUGAUAUCGUUAUGGGAUAUAAGGAAAAAUUUACCGCCUACAAGGGCUGGAUCUUUCUCGGGUGCAAGUGAAUUUUCUAGAACCAACAAAUAUCAAGAAAUGAUGACCAUUUACCAAUCAGGUUGCAUUUUGGAUUCAUGUUUAAUACCUGCUACAUCAGGGAUGAUGGCGGGACAAAAGCACCAACAAAUUUAUAAUAUUAGAAAAAGUGUCAUCAUACAUAGGCAGAGCCAGGAGCAGACAGUGAUAGAGCAACAAACGGAAUGGACUCAUAAGAUAAAGGACGGGCAUUUAUAUGACAGUAGGAGCACUACUAGCAAUGAUGAGGGGGAUCUUAAAAGACCGCAAUUACCGGCAGAUUAUGCGCGGCAAAUACCUACAACAACCAGUAAUGUGAAUAGCAACGCUUCUUCUCUGGCCUCUUUUUUGAUUCCAACAUUUCCUGAUAUUGUAUGCGGCUACUACUUUAUUGAUCGCGUGGCUUUAAGCAUCCCUACUUUACUCGACUUGUACUCUUAGAUAUAACCCCUCAGCUACAUACCCUCUCUUUCAAAAUGUGCGCAUGGCCAUAGAGACCUCCGUGCGUAUACUCUUUUGAACCCCGUUGUAAAUUAUAUACUUUCCAUUACGCUUAUACUCUUGUACAUUUAUUGCUUUUUUGUGUUAAUUCAAGAUAAAUUGAUAUCAUGACCAUAUGUAUUAUAAAUAAACAAAAUAAACCGUUUAAAUAAUU